AGGCACGCACAUACGCUCCGCCUCGCCCCCUCUACUCCCACCUGCCCUCUAGUCACAAGUUCCAGUCCGGCAAACCCUGUGGCUGUCUGCCAGCAGCCAGCAGGCAGCGGGGAGAAGGCAGCGUCCAGCAGGCAGCGCUAAACCGUAGCGCCAUGGACGGGCGGGUGCAGCUCAUCAAGGCCCUGCUGGCUCUUCCCAUCCGGCCUCAGACGCGCCGCUGGAGGAACCCCAUCCCCUUCCCCGAGCUGUUCGACGGCGACACCGACCGCCUGCCCGAGUUCAUCGUGCAGACGGGCGCCUACAUGCUGGUGGACGAGAACGUGUUCACCAGCGACGCGCUGAAGGUGACGUUCCUCAUCACCCGCCUCACGGGCCGCGCCCUGCAGUGGGUGAUCCCCUACAUCCGGAAGAAGAGCCCCCUGCUCAACGACUACCGCGGCUUCCUGGCCGAGAUGAAGCGGGUCUUCGGCUGGGUGGAGGACGAGGACUUCUAGGCCGCCGGACACGCCUGCCCGACCGCCCGGGAGGGAGUCCAGGAGUCCCGGAGCUCUGCGGGCGGCAGCUUGGCCGCGUCCUGGUCCCCGUGGCCGGAUCGCCCCAGCUGCUGCCUCCAGCUGCCGCCGCCGCAGCCCGCGCUGCCCCCAACACCCUCACCUGCCAGUUGAGUCUCCCUGCUGGGCUUCCUUUGUUCAGGAGGAGGCGCCUCUCCCUCCCACCCUCCCUUCCUCCUACCAGCCCUCCAUCCCUCCUGGCUCCUCUGGUCUCCCUGCUCCCCUCCCUCCCUCCUUGCUUCUAGCUCACUGCGUGCUACUGAGGCCUGUAGACCCUCCUGCGGAGCCCAUUGUCCUGCAGCCUUCUGAAGUGACUUUGUAGGCUCUGAGUGCCCAGCCCUCAGGUUACUGCUUCUGCUCCACGUGGACUAGCUGCCUGACUGGACCCAGCAGGUCACUGCUGCUACUGCUGCCAACUCCUUGGAGCCAGGGGUUUGUGUAGCUGCAGGCCCUUCUGUCCAGAGACUAUAGCCUCCAGCCAUCGGCACUGGCCUGUAGUCUUCUGGGUUAGGACUGAACACAGAGUGCUCCACUCCAGAGGGGGUGGGGGGCCUGGGGGUCAGGCCAGCCUCCUCUUUUCUGGCAUAGGAUACCUCCCUUCUUUCUCCCUUCUUUUAUGCCACAGACUUCUGCUGCCCAGGCCCAGGCCUGCCUGUGGCCACCUCCUCACCCCUUUCCUCCGUGGACCUGCUCAUGUUGCUCUCUGCCCACUUCUCUUCUGACCCUGCAACUGUCUCUCUGAUGUGUGCCUUUUGUUCUUCACAGCGGUCCCUCCGCCCCUGCCUCUGUCCCAGUGCACUGCCCAGCUCCUCCACACUAUCUGGACAAAACUCUCUCCCCUGUUUUCAAUAAAUGCCAGACACUUGGUAAAGAGA